CCCUAAUUCCUGUCAUUGUGUUUGUUUAUACAUUCAGAAGUCCACCAGUUUUGCCCGAGUUUUGAACCUUAAGCAGGCGGUUGCAUGCAUCCCGUAGAAGUUGUCAUGUCAGUGUUGAGGAUAAGCAUGAGGUUCCAGAUAAAAUGUAUGCAGAUAAACGACGGAAACGGACAGCCCGGAGCGUCCCUGGGUCCACUUCUACGAAAUCAGAAUCUCAAGAAGAUGAUGCCAACAGUGGCUCCUCGAGCGAUGAGUUGGUCAUCGAUAUUCCGAAUGAGUUGCAACAAGCAAAAUCUUCGUCGAAUCCAGAACCGUUCCAGCCUAAGCAAACUAGAUCGAUGACCGGAAGCUCGGCUAUUACGCCGACCAAAACUACCCCUCCAGCAAAGCAGACAUCAAGAUCGGUUCCGGUCAGCCGGAGAAAGCGAAAACGGUCACCUUCCUGUAGUUCCACCGAGGAAAUCGAGGACCCAACGCUAGAAGAAACGAUAGAACGGUGCGCCGUGAAAAACAAUCUGACGACCGAAUGCGUUCAAAAGUUACUUAAAAAGUUGGUCAUGAACGAACAUGUAUUGGCUAUUGUCAAACUUAAGGAAGAGGAAGAAGAGCGAAACGAAAAACUGCGCAAGGAUUCGUUGGAACAUGGUGGUGCAGACAGUGAUGACGAAGGCGAUGAACUACAAUCCGUGCUGCCAAAAUUGACGCGCCUCAAGGCAAAACAGCUAAACAAAAAGCCACUUCCAAUUGUUCCUCUGAAAGUUCCGAUUGCCGAUGAGGAGGUCGCAGCCCUCAUCCGAGAAGAGCUCGGUUCGGACGAAGACGAUGACGAGGAGUACAAACCCACCGAAGAAGAUCUCCCGUCGGAUGAGGAUUUGAAUACCACCAUUUCGGAUUUGGAUUCUCAACCUCGAACGCCAGUUACUCCGGCGACACCAGGUCGUUCCGAGGACAUUGAGUCGGAAGCAACGGCAUUAUACAGCAAAGAUGGAGUCUUCAAGAUACCUCGCUUUCGAAACGACAGUCACUGUUCUCAGCAAUCGGAACAGGAGCAGGAAAACAUUGCCCGUCGAACUCGGUCCAAACUUUGUCUGCAGACAACGGCCAUUGAAACUAUCGAAUCAACGUUCAUUCCGCCGGAUAUUACAACCGACAUGUACGAUUUCGAUUGUGACAUGGAUCACGUUUGGAAGGAAUUUUUGACUGAUUUCGUAAAACCACUCUCAAAUCACAAUGACGAUGACGACGAUGCGGAUCCCGAAUAUGUAGCUGCAGAUACGAUUCCAGUUGAUCCCGAGGAAUUGCGCCAAGUGAAUGUUUCAAAAAAGGAAUUAAAUGAGCUUGUUUCGGAGUUGCUGGAAAUGAGUGGAAUCAUCGAUGAGUCUUUUCUGGACAACAGCGUUUUUAAUAGUGCAAUUAGUCCCGAUCUUAUACGGUCCGAUACCAACGAAAAUGCGGAUAGUGUGGAUAAGAGAACCAGUAAACCUUUAGAACUAAAUACGGAUAAACCCCGAGAACUAACCACUCCAGAACAACAAAAUCACGAACUAGCCUUGGAUCAAUCACGAAAACUACCACAGCCAUUGAGUUCAGCUACAUUAUGCCCUGUUCCUUCUCGACAGUCUGAAGUUUUCAAUCCUAGCAAUGUGUCUACACCGAUCGCAUCUCAAUCGAAAAACAAAGUGGGGAACAACACAGCGUUAUCAAUCGCACCGCCAGUUUAUUCAACUAUCGAUCCAUGUCCCACCGUGCCAGCCGUACCGGUUGUAGUAAACGUUGAAACAUCAGCGUUCCAUUCGCAAGUCCCCGUUAGCCAAUUUCAUACGUUUAGUCAACCACAGUAUACCAACUAUAACCGACUACCAAAUAAAGCGCCUUAUCCAAGCACAUCGUACCAGCAGCAUCCACAACAUGAUCCACGUUUAUACGCUUUAAAUGCAACGCCAAAACAGUAUAGCUUCCAAGGUUAUUAUCCGUCACCCUCAAGAAUACCCAACGAACCUGUUUCGCAAAGCGAACCAAGAAAAGCAAGUGAACGACGGUACAAAUACUUAGAAAAACUAACACCAGUCCGUUUCAACUUUCCAAAGGACCAAAAAGGAUUUACCGAUUUACAAAUGCAAAUUUAUCAACAACAAUUACGCAUGCACGUCCAGUUUGCUGCACAAAAUUUUCUCCAAACAUACGCUCAUCCCAAGUUUUGGGAAUUGGCUGAAACGUUCAAGAAAAUUUUGCUUGAACUGCAGGAAAUGGCAAAAACAAUUGAAGCUGCUAGGGCAUGUAAUCUGGAACCUGCUAUUAAAUGUUGUUUGUCUUGGGAAAAAGAUUUACAAGACAUUAAUGACGAAAAUAAUGAGAUGAUGCAGUUCUUAUUGAAACAAGAACAAAAGGCCGAAAAGGCUAAAAAGGAACAUAAAUACUACGUAGGGUACUUCCCAUAUAAGAUGAUGAAACAGGUAUUGAACUGUAAAGCUUUCAUGUACCCGAAAUUGCUUCCGUAUUUACCUUUCCGAAUGGAUUAUCGAGCAACAAAAAAAGCAAUCUCACUUGGUGAAGAAAGGUUGAUCGCUUUUGGAUUGGAGUUAUUUCACGAUAUCAUGACCAAAGAGAAUAGCAAAAAUAAUUUAUCGAAAAAUAAAAAACCUUCUACGUUUAUCAAAUGUCGUUACAUCAGUCGGUUUCUUCUGCACGGACACCCAGCAGAACAGAUCUAUAACUAUGUAAUAGGACGAAAGGCUAAGCCUAACGAGCUGAAUCCCAUCACGUAUUAUUUUAAGUACUUGAAAGCACCUCCCUACACACAUGAGUUGGAAGAUAUUGAUUUGAGAAAUAUCCUAUCGCCAUGCUCAUAUCGAAAAGGAGUUCUACCGCAGCCAUGGGAUAAUUAUUUGAAUUCCAAAAAAGAGCUGGUGAAAUAUCGAGGUCCCCCUCAAAGGCGCAAUUCGAGUAUUCAGACUAGCUCAAAGUCAUCGAAACAGACGGAACCAGUUCAAGUGGCAACGAUAACAGAGGAAUCAUCAACCAACUUGAAUAUAACCAUUAGCCUCAGCCUAGAUCCUGCACCUUCAGCUUCAACUUCUUCCGUCACGGAACUAAGAGAUCCAAAUCCUCAGAUAUCAGAUCCAGUGGAAAAAAUAAGUGAACAACUGGAGGAGGUACAGAGUUUGGCUAGUUUUGUCACAAAGUUUAAACCAGAGAAUUCCCCCAUCCGAGAUAAUUCCUUCAGUGGGAGGUUUUUGCUGGAAGUGAACAAAGAAGAAAUCCGGGAGCCUGAAGCGGAAGAAGGACAAAACAUAGCAGUACAUAAACACCAAUUCCGAGUUGAUGGCUGUUGCCAUUGCAACUGCCACAGUGACGAUUCUUUAAUUCCGAAUUGUUUGGAUAAGGGCCAAAAGAAGUUAACAGACUACUUCCGCCCAGUGCCGAAAAAUCCUGUUACUUGUCAACCUCGUGAAGCUAAGCUGAAGGAUAAGCUUUCGCAAAUUUGUUUGCGUUUUAGAAAGGUAUUGGAAGUGAGAAAACGGUGGUCAAACACUCAUCUGGGUAUAACUUUUGAACAUUUCAAGCUGAUUGAAAUUUUUACUUAUUUUUUGGACGAUUUAAAAAAGAUGAGCUGCGGACAACAGUCUAGGAACGAUUGUCCACUUACCAAUGGGUCAGGACGCAAGCCCACCAAAGUAGAAGCUACAGAUGACAAAGACUGUAAUUACGCAUAUAACUUUUUCGAAAAGGUUGAGGAAACCUUGUUAGCUGAAAAUAAACGCAGCGAAUAUGAACAAUUCCUAGAUAUUCUACAGAACUUCGACGAUAAAGAAGAUCAUGUACCGGAUUUGUAUCGUAAGAUUGAAAAUUUAUUGGUGGCCGAUCAUCCUGAACUAGUCGAUUUGUUUUUGACAUUUUUGCUUCCGGGCCAAGCUGCUGAGGUAGGAAAAUUUUUCGAACAUUUCAUCCUCACCAGCGCAAACGAUUUUUUGACGAAGCUCAAUAUAUAUUUUGCUAAACAACCCUCUCAAAUCAAAAAGAUCUACACUUCUCUGAAUGAGUUGUCUAACGAACCAGACGUGACAAUGGAACAGAUUAAAUCGAAAAUAGUUCCGCUUCUCAAGGGCAACCAACUGCUGAUUGAUUGGUUUUUGCAGCUUUUCCCUCCCGAAAAACCUCCCGAUAGCACGGUUUCUGAUUUGUCCGAUUACGAAGUGAUAUCUGCCAAGAGGUUCAUUGUCCCUGAAGGGGUCAGUAGCAGUCAAACGUACGAAGAUAUCCCAUUUGUUGAACCACCAGCAGAAACGGGAUCGGAAAACACUAUCUGCGGCACCAAGUACAUUCAGGGUAAGAUCAUGUGCGGAACGCUUCCGGCUCGACUUUCGUUCCUGGCGCACGACAGUCAAUCUUGCCAACAGCAAUUCCAGCGGGCGAUGUCUCCUUUGAAGGGAUGCAUGCACAAUGUAGACCGAUCGGCCAAACUAGGCUCGGACGGAGAGGAUGGGAAAUCCGAACAGGACUUUGGAGACUGUAUGACUGCUAGCGAUUCAAUGGAAGAUUCGAUGGAUCGGUAUAAGCUCUGCGAUGAAGCAACCUUCAAAGCACACGCCAUACGGUUGAAUCCCUUGGUUCACGGCAGAAAAGGUGUAAGCUAUUCCGAUGUCGAACAUCUUUUAGUUCCACCGGAGUCGGACAGUGAAGAAAGCCCCACUAUUGAGGACGAGGACAAAUUUAGCUCUCCAAAGAAGCAAAACGCGCAGCCGAAAGCUAUAGUUAAAAAACGUAUCAAUUCACCGGUUAAUAAAAAACUUCCUGCUGCUGCCUCCACCAGUAAAGUUUCGCCUACAUGUGGAGGAAAAAAAACCUUCCCCUCUGUCCCUGUCGAUUCCAAAGUGAUAGCUGUUUCGAAAAAACUAAAAAGUAUGGUUGAAGAAGUAGCCGAAGAACCUUCGACGGAGUCAGAUGAUGAAGGGUUUAAACGAAAAAUACCAAUGAUACAAAGUCAACCGGUGACCCAGGAACCAGAAGCAAACGAGUCAAAGCCUGUUCCAAAACCAGAAGAGUUAGAGCCUCCGAAAUGUUCGGCUACAGAAUCUCAAAACACCCAAACAGGGCUGACCUCCGUCCCGCAAAACAACUGGACCCGCGAUGAAGAUAAAAUAAUAUUGGAGGAGAUUAAAAAAGGUUCUAACGCAGUGGAAGAACUGAUCGAAAGAAUUGGAGCAAAGAUUGUUGAACGAAAUGCUUCGGAGAUUAGAGUAAGGUAUGAGUUUCUGAUUGAGGUGCUCAAAAAAUUCCAGAAAGGAAACAAAUAGACUAUUCAAGGCAUGUAUUACGUAACACGAGUAAAUUGUUUGUUUAAUGUUUCAAUAAAUUCGGACAGAUAAUCUAUUUUUACGCA